CUUUCUUUUAAAAUUAUCAUCGCCCUUUAUCCGGCGUUAACUGUUCACAAAAGCCCUCGGAAUAUGGAGAAGCUUCAUCGGGGUGAGCCGGAUGGCGAUGGAAACAAAGUGGGAUCAUCGCGAUGCGUGGAUCCUGUUCCACAGUCGUUGAAGGAAGUCGCUGAAUUAAUGAGCUCUGUGAACAGACGUUUGGAGGAUUGUGCUGUUGAAUGGCAGGCGACACUAUCCCGGAAACAGUGGAGAAUUUUACACGCACAAUCGACAACUCAAACGUCGUGGGAACACUCUCUACUGGCGAGAACAUAUCUCACGGAUAAAAUUCUGGAUGAGGAGUUUGAAAAAUUGAGGAUCUGUGGGAAGAAAUUGCUGGCGGAUUUGAAUAACUUCGUUGGUCUAUUAAGAGGGGAAAAUGCAAACGUCUCUGGGGUGAAAAAUACUGAAAAUCAGCUCUCGGGUUCUCCGAGCACUAGAAAUCCCCCCGUGACGCCACUCGACCUUUCACUUCUCGAGGAGAAUAAACCACCGGAGGAGAAGGCAGAGAGACGAAGGAGCAAGAGAUUGGCUGAAAAUACGGCGACCACGGUGCAACAGUCCUUUGCUGAUCUCAUAAAAGCUAAAAUUGAUCUUGACACGAAAUUUCUGGGUUUCGAGGCGGUACUCAAUGGCACCGGCGGCAUCACCCCCUCGCCACCCUCUGAAGGGGCCAAGUGUUUGUGCCAAAUUUGUUCGAGUGUUUUGGGCAGUGUGAUUCAUAACGAUUAUAUCCUGAGAGAAGCUGUGACCAAGCCAAAAGUGCGCAGGAUGACUAGAGCAAAGAGCAAAAGACUAACGAAAUCGCCGAAAAUUUGGAAACGAAAUUCCGCGAGAGUCGCAAAUCAAUCGAACAAAUAGUCCUCAUUCAUUCAUUAAUAUGACGAUAAAGAGAACAAUGAAUGGUCCACAAGACACAGCACAUGCUUUUGGAAAUAAUUUAUAAACAUUCUUCGUUGAAUCAAUCGUCACUGCACGAUCAACUUUUAUUGUUACAAUAA